UCUCUCUCUCUCUCUCUCUCUCUCUCUCUCUCUCUCUCUCUCUCUCUCUCGAUCUUUAGUUGAAUAUACUACGAAUCGUCUGCACAGCAAGUUUCUAGGGUUUCUUAAUAAUUUCAUCAAUCGAAGCUAAAUAAUAUCAUCGAUCAAAGGAUGAGCCGAGGCGGCAGCUAUGGCGGCGGACAAAGCUCCCUAGGUUAUCUUUUCGGGUCGGAAAAUGAUCAGCCGCCGCAAACUCCUCAUCCAGCCGCUGCAAAACCAACGCCACCUUACGGAGUAGACGACGGCGACGACAAGCCCAAGAUUCAAAUCGCCAUCUCUAACAAUAACUAUCAUAGAGCCCAUGGCCAAAACUCCGGCAACUUCGUCACCGAUCGUCCGACUACGAAGGUGAAAUCGGUUCCCGGUGGAGGUUCAUCUCUUGGAUACUUGUUCGGCGAUAAGUAAGGAUUAUGAUCUGAUGAAAUUAGGGUUUGUCAUUGUCUACAGUACUUGGGCAUAAUAAUGGGAGGUUAAUCAUCUAAUCUUAUACAUGUGCGUGUAUAUAGAGAGAGGGAUACAUAUCUCUAUGUACAACACAUAAAUGUGCAAACUCCCAAACGCGUGUAUGAUAUGGCUUUGUUGUUAAAUUUCUUCGAGGAUCUUUAAGACUGGAAAUUGUAUAACAUAAGUGAUUGAGUUUUAUAUCAUAUAUAUAUAGUCAUAUGGGUAAUCUGUAUAUGUAUAUAUGUAUGGAUUGUUGUGACAAUGUAUUGAUAUAUCGGUUUCUUUGUGCGAGAAUUUAUGUAUGCCUUGCAGGACAAAUUAAGUUGUGUGUGUGUCGGGGCAAGACCUAUUUAAUUCGUAUGUAA